GCGGAGGGAUGGUAGGUUUUCGUGAGGUUCUAUGAUCCGAAAGAAUGAAGUUCAAGUAAAGUCAUAAGGAUUUAACACAACAGGCAUCGUCUACGGAAAAUGAACUGGAUCCAUCGCGCGUUUCUCCUAUACGACCGUCAAGACCCGUCGAUAUAAACACGAACACUGCAGCCCCCUCUGCUCACCUAACGAACUCAACAUCACCAUCAGGACCAUCAAGCGGUUUAUUUUCUUUCCCCGCAUUUCUUUCGUUUCGUGGUGAACCAGAGCCGCGAGAUUCAGACGACACCUCUCCCAUUACAGCUUCCACCCCCAUUGGCCCAGCAGGAUCUUUCUUCCCCUACGUAUCUUCAAUAUCCGACGCAAUAACAACUGCUGUAUCGGAUAGCUUUUUUGGAAAGGACACUGGGGAAAAGGACGUAAAGCAGCCUGACGAACACGGUUCCGGAAACGGGACAGGUGGUCAUCCGUCUUCAAACGACGCCUUGUCCGACGGCACUGAGAGGGAAGAGAUGGCGAGAAAACGGAACAGCGCCGUAAAUGCUGAAGGUAUUGUGGAAGUGAUAAGAGGUCCCAGGGUUAGGGAGCUGGACCCGGAUCUCGCAGCCUUGAGAAAAGUCCCACAGUUUGAACCCCUCAUUGAGUCUUCGCUGGCUCCUCAAGGCUUCAAUUGGGGCGGGUUGUUUUCACCGACCCCCGGCGCUAAAGUGAAUGAACUGCCAUUUGCUCUGGACCCGUCACCGUCGAUUGCGCUAUGGGAACAAUGUCGUGCACAUAUCCAACGUUGUGCGGAUGCCGUUGCGCGGGAUCAACAACUGUUAGCGAAAAGUAUGACGAACAUGGAUGAAUAUUGCGCCAAGCUUGCGAAUACAGUCACUAACCGUUGUUAUGAGGCAAAAAGUCAGAAUGAAAAGCUAAUGUCUGUUACUAACAUCAAGAAGCAAGCCGAGAAAACCGGAAAUAUGUUGUCGGAUGUCCUAAUAUCGCUGGAUAAACUCUCACCGUUGAUCCCGCCCUCGGAUAGACUGAGCCAUCCCGAUAACGAAGACCGUUACCCUGCGCUGACAAAGUGGUUAGCGGCCAGGAGCAAGUAUGAGGAAGGAAGCUGAAAGGGCUAGUUUGGUAUGCAAUGUAAUAAAUGGCUAAUUGAAUCUAAAUCUGUACAUGUUGCGGUGGCUCGGUGCAGGAUAGAAC